UUGGCUAGCCACCGCCGCCAAAUUAAAAAUCACUUAGCACAGGUCAAAAACGAAAUGCUCAUUAUCUAAGUGUUUAAUUACACUAACGAUGGGGGGGUCCUAAGUUAAAUAAGUACUUUCGUUGCAAUGCCACAUGUCUAGAUACAUAUUUGUCCACACAUCCAGCUUAUUAAUCAGUGUACUUAUACGACUGCCUUAGAUAAAUUAGUUCAUUCGGUUAAGAACAUUCGUCACGCAAGCAAAACUUUGCUGCUGUUCAAUGGCAAAUACUCAAGAAAACAAAAAAAUUGUGAAAACUUAUUGUCGAGGCAAUAUGAAGAAGUUUCUUAAGGAGACCACAUUGCAUGGCUUGAAAUAUCUGGCUGACGAUACCAUCACCAUUUGGGAGAAGUCUUUUUUUUUGUGCGCCUUUCUUGCUGCCAUCAUAGUAACGGCCAAUCUAAUUGCGAAUGUGUAUGCUAAAUGGAUUAGCACGCCAGUGAUUAUUGGCAUAAGUCCACAUCCCACGUCCAUAUUGAAUACACCAUUUCCAGCUAUAACUGUUUGUAAUAUGAAUCAGGUGAUGGCGAGCAGUGUGGCGAAUUAUACAACCGAUUCCAGCGAGGGUGUCUUGUUAAAACUGUUAUGCAAUGUGGGAUCAAUUGUGGAUGAAAAAUUAAUAGAAUCGCCAAAUUUUAAAAAUAACAAUUUGACAGUUUCAACAUUUUUACUUGAGCACGCCCAACCAUGCUCUCGAAUGUUACUCUCCUGUUCGAUUGGUUCGUCUGUAAAGAACUGCUCCGAUCUAUUUCGUGAAAUUAUGACAGAUGAGGGUCUUUGCUGUGUUUUCAAUGUUUUACAUCCUGAUUUUCUAUUUAAGGGCAACACUAAAAAAAUAAUUAGCGACUACGAACGUGCCGAUAACGGUAUACCGAUCGAUUGGGAUCCGGAAAGUGGUUAUCCCAAGGUCUUACCAUCGAAUUACUAUCCGCGUGCCGCAUCUGGAACGGGUGUAUCAAUGGGCCUUUCAUUGAUAUUAGAUGCAGAACUAGAUAAUUAUUACUGCUCAACAACCAAUGGUCCCGGUUUUAAGAUCGGCAUGCAUAAUGCAAUCGAAGCGACUACAAUCAGAGAAACUGCGCUCAUUUUGCCCGUGAGUUUCGAGACUCGUUUGCGGAUCGAUGUCACUAGUACUGAAGCCACCGCAACGGUACGCCAUUUGCGUCGCAAUGAACGUCAGUGUCUGUUUAAUGGUGAAGAGAAUUUACUCUAUUUCACACAUUACUCACGACGCAAUUGCGAGAGUGAAUGUCUUGUGAAAUAUCUCUAUGAACAGUGCAAAUGUGUACCGUACAAUUUACCGUUGAUUUUUGAAAAUGCAACCGUAUGCAGUGCACAACAAACAUAUUGCAUUAGUUUAGCCGAAAAUAAUUGGUUGAAAGGUGACGGUGGAAGUAGUUGUCGAAAACUUUGUUUACCCGCAUGCUUUGAUUUGAGCUAUAAAGCCGAAGCUACUUCGACACCUUUACGAGCUUACAACUAUCUGACCCCACCAAGUAUAUUAAAGAAUAUGUCAAUGGAGUAUAUUAACAAAAAUGUUGCGGUGGUGCAUUUAUUCUAUCGCGAAUCCGUAUUCCAUGGUGUUCUGAAAAAUGUCUAUGUCGGCUUUACGGAAUUUCUAUCUAACACUGGCGGCAUUAUGGGCUUGUUUAUGGGUUUUAGUUUCAUAUCUGUUGCCGAAGUAAUUUAUUUUGCUUUCAUGCGUCCCAUAUUCGAGUUGAUUUUGCCAGUGAGAAGAAAAAGAAUGAUACAACGCAGAGCUAACUUAAAGUUGAGAAUGAGACCGCGUUUUCAACCGAAUCAUCGAUUUCUAAAAGCCAAUUGAGUGACAGUGAGGUCAGUGAGACUCAUACGUGUACAUGAAGUAUAUGCACUUUACGUUUUCACAAUAAUUUUGAAAAAAA